AUGGACGUGACGUUUGACGCCGUGGAGUUGCCGCCAAAGUCGGCGGCGGCACGCAAGCAUGCUACGUCCAUACUCCAAGCAGGCGACAUUGGCCUUUCAGCUGACACCAUGCAACGAGCGGGCUUGCUUCCUGGAAGCUACGUCGCAUUGGCCGGAUGCGAGGCCUCGCCCGAGGUGCUGUGGCUCCGUCGUGCUAGACUCCUUGCGGCGUCGUUAUCACCAUCAUCUCCUCAACCGUCAGAUGAGAACCUCGAGCCCAUUGUACAUGGCGCAUUGCCACCUACCUUCUCGCACCAUUUGCCCACGACCGUCAAACUGCAUCGCAUUCCCAAUCACGUGAUCCCCUCUAUCGAGUACAUUCAUUUGGACUUUGUCGGGUCUUUGGUAUCCGAUCAACAGCAGCUCCCACUCCUUCCCAUGCUCGUCGGCGGCAUCUUCGACGACAACAUGCUGUGGCACUGCAUCUGGCACGGGCUUGACUACGGCACCUGGCGCUGCCGUCUGGGCGCUACCCCCGACACCACCACCGAUCCCUCAAACCAACAUGUUCUGCCACGUCAUGACCAGCAGCUGCAUUUGCACGGCCGUCGAUUUGGAGUCGUGACCAACCAGACCCAAUUGACAGUGUCGCACCCAUCCACGUCCAGCUUUCGCAUCGUCGAUCCUUCCAAGUCAUUUGUCCCCCAUGCUUCGGCCACUGCGCUCGUGACUCUCGCCACCCAAGUCCUCACGCAGCACACAACGCCCUCCAACAUUUGCCGAAUUCUCAUGCAUGGCCCCAUGGGCUCUGGCAAGACCAGCGCCGUGCACCUCCUCGCUAGCCACCACGGCGCAACAUUGCUGGAGAUGGACGCGACCAUCCUCACGUUGCAGUCGCCGUCAUCGUCGUCGCUGGAGCGGCCGUUUCUGGCGUGUUUUACUGCGGCCCUCCACUUGCAACCGGCUGUCAUAUGCAUCAAACACAUCGAGCGGCUCUUCCCCAAGACGCUGGACGGCCCCGCGGCCCACCGGAUUGCCGAUUUCGUUAACGCGCUCCACUCGCUACAAGUGGAACCAUCGGCGCGAAUCGCAGUGGUUGGCACGGUGGUGGACAUGACCCAGUUGUUUCCCAGGGUGCGGCAGUGCUUUGACGACGAAAUUGACAUGGAGCUGACGGCGCUUCCGUUUCGGCAAAAGUUGCUGCAGUCGUUGGGGGCUCCAUCCUGUGACGUGGCCAGCCCAUCGGUGACCGCCGUGUUGAUGCAACACGGCCAGCAACCUGGUGACGUGAUCUCGUACAUGCGACACGCCGUCGCCACUGCCGUCGUCGAGAACUUGAAGUACACGAACGACGAUAACGUCACUUUGCCCCUUGACCUGAUAACGUCGUCCCACCGCCAAGCCCCCAAACAGUCGGCGACGUCGGUCGUGUCGAGGCCAAAUGUGUCGUGGGAUGACAUUGGGGGCGCUUCAGAUGUCAAGCAAACGCUGCAAGAGAUGGUUGUCUGGCCCUUUGACAAGCCCGAGGUGUUUGCGCGCAUGGGCAUCACGCCCCCCAUUGGAUUGCUGCUAUAUGGCCCUCCAGGCACGGGCAAAACCAUGCUGGCCAAGGCGGCUGCGACUGCGACAAUGUGCAACUUUAUGAACGUCACCGCCAGCGACUUGAUUUCCGCUGAAUUUGGCGAGAGUGAAAAGGCUGUCACGCGAGUCUUUCAAACGGCGCGGGCCAUGAGUCCGUGCAUUGUGUUCUUAGAUGAAUUCCAGUCCCUGUUUGCGUCGCGGUCGUCGUCUGGUCAGAUGGGCUCUCGAAUGGCGUCGCAGUUGCUCCAAGAAAUCGACGCGCUUCGAUCUGUGCGUCAUGCAAACUCGUCCGACCAGUAUGUGUUUGUGCUCGCGGCCACCAACUGCUUGGACGCGAUCGACGAGGCGUUCCUUCAGCCAGGGCGAUUUGAGCACGUCGUGCACGUGGGGCACCCCGACGCCGCCGGUCGCCGGCAAAUCUUGGAAUUGGUGAGGUCGCAAAUGCCGUGGGAUGACGACGUCGACAUGGACGACAUGGUGGUCGACACGGACGGAUUGAGUGCCGCGGAGGUGGUGUCCGUGACCCGCAUGGCGGGUCUCUUGGCGCUGGCUAGCGAUUCCGAGGCAAAUGUCUCGAUGGAUCACUUGCGGCAAGCCCUCAUCACGACCUUGGAGAGAUAUCACAUGCACUAA